AUGAUUGUAUUUAACAUUAUUAUUGUUUUUAUUUAUAUUCUACAAAGUUUUCAUGUUACAUCAACGAAUUUGUCAAUUGAAGCAAAAAAAGAAAUAUGUAUUGCUGUUGUUGAGUCUAACAAAUGUAAUAAUACUGUUUUAAGAGAAUUUGUUUGUGAUAAUUGUCAAAAAGAAUGUAAUAAUAAAAUAACUCCAGAUUGUAAUGAAUUUAUUGGUAAUGAAUGCAAAGACUACUAUGAUUAUUGUUCAGAUGUAAAAUCAUUAUGUAAUGUUGAUUAUAUGAAAAGUUUUCUUGACAAAUAUUGUCCAAUAACAUGUAAUAAAUUAGAAUCAGCUAUAGAAUAUAUGAGUUGUCAAAAAAUUAAAGAUUUAGGAAUGUGUUAUGAUAAAUCUAACAGGCAUAUAAUAUGUAAUUCAUGCUUUACAACAUGUGGUUUUGAAAAUUCUAAUUAUUGUGAUGAGAAUAUUCUUAUAAAAUCAACAAAAGAAUGUGUUGAUAAAAUGGAUUGUUCAAGUUAUACCCAUCUUUGUAAUGUUCCUGCAUUAAAAGAUUCAUUAAAGGGUGUUUGUGAUAAAACAUGUAAUUAUUGUGAUGAUGGUACAACAUUGUCACCAAGUACAUCUAAUAAAAAAGAAAAAAUUUUUACAACAACACAUUUAAUAGAUAUCCAUCGAAAAGAUAUGUGUUUAUCAUUAAGAGAUUAA